GGUGAGUUGUUUGGACAUGAAAGAUUCCGUGGCUCUUCCGACAGCCGACGCGGACGGCUGUCAAAGAUGACUUAUCACAUGGAGUGAAGAACUAAACCGUCUAUGACAACGCCAACGUGGAUGGGAUUGUCUCGUUUGCCAGUUUACUUUAAUGGAAGAAGUUUCGGAAGAAGGACAAAACCUCGUCCGUGUCAUCCGACUGGUAUAGUUCUGUCAGCUAGCGAUAAGUUAGCUUAACUUGCUAGGUAAGGCUAUUUCCUGGGUGGCUUGGGGUUAAUGGGCGGCCAAGUGAGGUAGACAGACAGCAUGGCAAAUCCAUGACACAAGACAGUCCUCUCAUGGUGGCUCUCUCGGAAAAAAGUAAUGUCAGUCGUCGAUAGCAAACUGUCAGCUAGCUGGCUAAUGUCAUAACAUCCUGUCAAAGUUAUGAGCGGGUUUUCGAACAAGUCGCCAUUCAUCAGUCCUCCGCGGAGUCCCGGCGGUUCCAUUUUAUCACUGAACAACAACAAUCGCGACUGGGGUCUGGGCAGCGAUGUGUUCCUCUGCUCCUACGACGAGACUACCAUUGGCGCAGGGAUGCACGCGGUGCAGACCGGUUUUGACAGACACCUGCCGCUGCUCCAAGGCAGUCACCACCACCUACUAACCCAGCAGCAGAGUAAGAUGCUGGACGAAGCUUUCCCGACUUGUCAGAACAGGCACACGGGCGCCACUGCUCUCUAUGACUUCGCUAACACUAGCAGCUUUGACUACAACGAAAACCAAGGGAAUGACAAUGGCAAUGAAGUAUCCCCGCCACCACUACCAACAGCAGCGGACAGCAGGAAGAGGCAUCGCUCUAACAGCUCCCGUCACCGCUUCGAAGUUGUCACCGAACUGGGCCCGGAGGAGGUCCGGUGGUUCUACAAAGAGGACAAGAAAAACUGGAAGCCUUUCGUCGGCCACGACUCUUUAAAGAUCGAGGUAGCCUAUCGUAAAUACUGCGAACUAGACCCUGGCAGCAGAUCCAACCGGGCUGGCCCCGGGGGGUCUAUCGAAGUGCAGGACACGCAAGAAUCAGCGUCAGCGUCUGGGUCAGCAGUAUCGGACGCGGCACCACUCAACCAAGUGCCAACAUCACCACCAACUGCGCCAAGAACUUUAGCGCAUGGCUGUAGGGAGUCUGUGGAGAGAUCAGAGUCUUCGGAGGAGAGAGACCUGGACGGUAUAAAUGUCAGCGUGGAAGCGGUGUGUGUGAGAGGGGGUCUCUACGAGGUGGACGUCAGAGAGAAGGAGUGCUACCCCGUUUACUGGAAUCAGCAGGAGCGCAUCCCUGUGAUGCGAGGCCAGUGGUUCGUGGACGGCACCUGGCUUCCCAUGGAGGAGGAGGAGAGUCAGCUGAUCGAGGCCGAACACCUCGCGCACUUCAGAGGCCAACACACACAGGACACACUCGACAACCUGGACAACGAUGUAGUGGCCAAGACAGUCGACAGCAAGGACGUUCUCUCCCACCUGCCCACGUUCUACCUCACGUUCCUCUUCAAGUGGAGGGGAUAUCAGACGGGCACGAGAACGUGUCACAAGCGCAAGCGCUGUCAAGCUAUCCACAGUCUGAAGUUGAGUCGUAGCCAUGUGGAUUGGCACAGUGUGGACGAGGUCUAUCUCUAUAGCGACGCCACCACCUCCAAGAUCGCACGCACUGUCACGCAGAAGCUGGGCUUCUCCAAAGCCUCCAGUAGUGGUACUCGUCUGCAUAGGGGCUAUGUGGAAGAGGCCUCAUUAGAAGAUAAGCCGCCCCAGACCACUCACAUCGUCUUUGUGGUGCACGGCAUCGGCCAGAAGAUGGACCAAGGACGCAUCAUACGCAACACCGGCAUGAUGCGGGAGGCCGUGCGCAAGAUGGAGGAGAAACACUUUGCGGAGACAGAUGAGCACGUGGAGUUCCUGCCAGUGGAGUGGAGAUCGAAACUAGCGCUGGACGGAGAUACGGUGGACUCCAUAACGCCUGAUAAGGUGCGCGGCCUGAGGGACCUUCUCAACAGCAGUGCAAUGGACAUCAUGUACUAUACCAGCCCACUGUACAGAGAUGAGAUCACCAAGGGCUUGACGCAGGAACUGAACCGGCUGUACAUGCUGUUCUGCUCGCGGAACCCCGAGUUUGAGGCGCGGGGGGGCAAGGUGUCGAUUGUGUCCCACUCGCUGGGCUGCGUGAUCGCCUAUGACAUCAUGACGGGCUGGGACCCCGUACGCUUCAUCCAGCAGGAGCAGCAGGAGCUGGAGCAGGACGACACCACAUGGAUCAGCUACGAGGAGCGCCACGUGCUGGAACAACUGCAGAUUACACGACACAGGUUAAGAGAGUUGGAGGAGCAGCUACAGGGCCUGGAGGCCUCCAAACCCCUCGCCACCCCCGCUCUCAUGUUCAAGGUUGAGAACUUGUUCUGUAUGGGCUCUCCUCUGGCGGUCUUCUUGGCUCUGAGGGGCAUCCGGCCGGGUAAUGACGGGGUACAGGACCACAUCAUGCCCAAGGGCAUAUGCCAACGCCUAUUCAACCUCUUCCACCCCACAGACCCCGUGGCAUAUCGACUAGAGCCCCUCAUCCUCAAGCACUACAGCAACAUAGCACCCGUACAGAUACACUGGUGUAACACGAGCAAUGCCACCCCGUAUGACGAGAUGCGCGUCACGUUCCUGAACCCCAGUAAGGAGUCUGCGUCGUCGGACACUGAGAGCAUCCCCAGCCCCAGCACCUCGCCCCAGAUGCCCAGGAGGCACUACGGGGAGUCCAUCACCAACCUGGGCAAGGCUGGCAUAAUGGGAGCAGCCAGUAUCGGUAAAGGCAUCGGCGGGAUGCUGUUCUCCCGGUUCUCGCGUUCCAGCAGCACACCCUCGGGGGUCGGCACACCCUCCGAGUCCUCGGUUGUAGAGGGGGAGGACAAGAACGGAACGCAGACCCCCCCGCAGCCCCAGAGCCAAUCAGCUUACGGCCUGUCUACCAUGACACAGUCCACCUCUACAUCUACUAACAUGGACACCACUGUGGAGAUGGAGCACCGUAUCGACUUCGAGCUGCGUGAAGGUAUGGUGGAGAGCCGCUAUUGGUCGGCCGUGACCUCGCACACAGCCUAUUGGUCGAACCUGGACGUGGCACUCUUCCUCCUCACCUUCAUCUACCCGCAGAAGAGACAGGAUGAGGAGGAAGAAGAGGGAGAGGAGAACAGCGCAGACAUCGUCUGACUGACACACACACACACACACACACACACACACACACACACACACACACACACACACACACACACACACACACACACACACACACACCAUCUGUCUUUCAGUUACUGUGGAGACACAAGUACAGAAAAAACAGUUAAUUGUCUUUCCCUACAUAUUUGACUGUCAUACAUAUACACACACACAUACACACAGCAGUGCUGUGGACGUAUGUACUGUAUGUGGACAAACAUGCUGUAUGUAGCAAGCACACGUAGCAACCGUCAUCCGAACACCUGUUCAACUCCGUCAUCCGAACACCUGUUACCUGCCUGUAAAGACACCUGUGGUUGGUUACGUUUGAUCACAGGUGCCAUCUCAACUGUUGCAUUACAUCUGACACACACACACACACACACGCACACACACACAAAUACUGUAAGUCAUCAGUCUGUCCAUCCUGUUACCCCUGGCUGCCAAGGGAUGUUCUGUUCUGUUCUCAUCCUCCCUUCCUUCCUCCUCUCCUCUCCUCUUCUCUUCUCUUCUCUUCUCUUCUCUUCUCUUCUCUUCUCCCCUCUCCUCUCCUCUCCUCUCCUCUCCUCUCCUCUCCUCUCUCCUUAUCUCCUCUCCUCUCCUCUCCUCUCCUCUCCUCUCCUCUCCUCUCCUCUCCUCUCCUCUGUCAGACUCCUCUGUCCUCCCCUCUGUCUGUUUCCUCUCUCCUCUCCUCUCCACAUCUCUUCUCCUCCUUUCCUCCUCUCUACUCCUUUCCUCUCCUCUCCUCCUCUCCUCUGUCAGACUCUUCUCCCCACUCCCCUGUCAGUUUCUGGUGGCACACUCAUCAUGGCUGCCGAGAGUGGACACAACCCACAGCAGCCAUGGAAUCAUGAGGGCUAAAGAAUGUUCCGGAAUGUUCCAAUAAGGUUCUACUUCCAUCUCUUCGGAGACUGCAUAGUAAUAACACACCAGCAUGUACUGUAGGCCUACUGUAAGCUGCAGUUGAUCAUGUUACUGUACUGUUAGCUACAGUGGGCUCUGUUAAUGUGGAGAGGGCCGUCAUGUCUGAAGCAGAAUCCCAACCAUCUGGGCCUUGCACAAAUAGAAAUAACAUGCACGCACUCUAACACACACACACACACACACACACACACACACACACACACACACACACACACACACACACACACACACACACACACACACACACACACACACACACACACACACACACGAGCACAAGCACAAGCACACACACACACGAACAAGCACAUCAUGCCUUCUCGUUUCAGUCCAGCUGGGUCAGUCAGCUGUUACUGUAUAUGGCAGACUCUGAAAAGUGUAACAAUGACUCUGGAACUAAUGGCAACACACACACACACUCUUACAACUCGUUGAUGUCCUCUCAUCUCGUUCUGAUAUAUAAACUUCCUGUUUCCUGUGA